AGAGAGAAAGAAAGGAAGAAGCUUUUGCACCCUUGAUUUCUUUUUUGUUUUUGUACUUUAGUUCAAUAUUUUUAAUUAAAUAUAAUCUCACAGUUCCUCUCUUUCUCUAUCACUCUCUUCUCUUUACUUCUACACACCAAGGUCACUCUUGUGACCUCUGUUUCCAAAGGAAACCCUUGUUUCCCCUCUCUUCCAACUUCCAACUCAUAAUUCAUUUCCUUUCUAUUUUCACUUUCUUUUCCUUCUCUUUACUUGUUGCAAUCUUCAAAGCUUAGUUAUUCACUUCAGUUUGGUUCACUUCAACUCUUUAUACAAUCAAUACCAAGCUAAAGUUCACAAAUUUAUACAUAAAUAGCCACCAAAUAUUCAUUUAUGAUAUACCAAUUUAAACCUCAUCCACACAAAAACAAGAUUACCAACUAGCCCUUUUUCAAAAACAUAAACCUAAGACUAUGAAGCUCUUGUCUGUUACAAAACCAACCAUGAUGGUUCCUUCUCAUUGUCUCAUCUUCUCUCUCAUUUUUGUUUCCAUUUUAGCCAAUGAAGCAACCUUGCUCCAUGAAGCAAAUGGGUCAUUUCCAAUGGUGCCUGUGAUGGAAGCUGGGAAGAUGAUGAUGAUGAUGAAUGAGAGCAGAAGAAAACUUGGAAGCUUCAGGAUAUGUGCUAUAUGCACCUGCUGUGGUGGAGCAAAAGGGAUUUGCAUAGCUUCUCCUUGUUGCUAUGCUAUAGAUUGCAACAUUCCCAAUAAACCUUUUGGUUUAUGUUCAUUCAUUCCCAAGGCUUGUAAUUGCUUUGGAUGCCAUCUUUAAUUCCCUUUUUAGUUUGCUUGAUUCCCCUAUUAUUAUAAUUUUAUUGUUAUAAUAACAGUAAUUGAAAUUGAGGAUUCAUUAUUAUCUUUAAUUAAUUAUGUUGCUAGUGUGAAAUGUGAAUGAGAAGUUAAGAAUUAAGAAUAUAUGUUCUUGAUUUGUUUGUUUAUUUA